AUGCCUUACACCAAGACCGUGAAGUCUGACUCAUACUUUUCGCGCUACCAGGUCAAGUACCGUCGUCGCCGCGAGGGUAAGACCGACUACUACGCCCGCAAGCGCCUUGUUGUGCAGGCCAAGAACAAGUACAAUGCACCAAAGUAUCGCCUUGUUGUUCGUUUUUCGAACCGUUUCGUUACCUGCCAGAUUGUGCACGCCAAGAUUCAGGGUGACUUUGUCGUUGCCCACGCCAGCUCCCGCGAGCUGCCCCGUUACGGUAUCAAGUACGGCCUCUCUAACUGGACUGCUGCUUACGCUACUGGUCUGCUUGUUGCUCGUCGUGCGCUUAAGAAACUUGGCCUCGACGAGAAGUACGCUGGUGAGGAGGAGCCCAGUGGUGAGCUUGUCCACACCGAGGCCCUUGGCGAUGAUGAGCCGCGUCCGUUCAAGUGCUACUUGGACGUUGGUCUGAAGCGUACUUCUACCGGUUCCCGUGUGUUUGGUGCUAUGAAGGGUGCCUCUGACGGUGGUAUCUUUAUUCCGCACAACGCGCGUCGUUUCCCUGGUUACGAUACAGAGUCUAAGGAGCUCGACGCUGACUUGCUCCGUAACUACAUCUACGGCGGCCACGUUGCCGAGUUUAUGGAAGCGCUUGAGGAGGAAGAUGAUGAGCGCUUUAAGAAGCACUUUUCUUCUUACCUUGCUGACGACGUCGGCUCUGACGACAUUGAGGAGAUGUAUGAAAAGGCUUACGAGGCUAUCCGUGAGGACCCCGAUUUCCAUGCCUCCGAGAAGAACAAGGACCACUGGGUUGCCGAGUCCAAGAAGUUCAAACAGACCCGCCUCACGUACCAACAACGCCAGGAAAGCAUUAAGAACAAGGUCGCUCGCUACGAGGCUGAGUUCCAGGUCAAGGAUGAGGCAUAA